UGCCUGUGUCCAGGCCCUGGGCUAGACACAGUGGACACAGACAUGCCACCCUGCCCUGAAAGUGCCCACCUCUCCUAGGGGAUUACCUGCUAAUCCUUAUGCAUCAUGACAGAUGCCAGGAAGAGGGGAGCAUGGGGCUGAGGACACCUGGAGCAGGCCCUGUCCCAGCUGUGGAGGUCAGGGAGGAUCUGCCAGGAGAGAUGGGAGUGAGUGUCGUGGACUCUUCUGUGGCAGGACUUGGAGGCUGUCCCUAUGCACAAGGAGCAUCGGGAAACUUGGCCACAGAGGACCUCCUUUACAUGCUAGCAGGCCUGGGCAUUCACACGGUGCAAUGGAGGAGAAGGUGCUUGUAACAGGUGGAGCUGGCUACAUUGGCAGCCACACGGUGCUGGAGCUGCUGGAGGCAGGCUACUCACCUGUGGUCAUUGACAACUUCCAUAAUGCCAUCCGUGGAGGGGGCUCCAUGCCUGAGAGCCUUCGACGGGUACAGAAGCUGACAGGCCGCUCUGUGGAAUUUGAGGAAAUUGACAUCUUGGACAAAGCAGCCCUACAGCGUCUCUUCAAGAAGCACAGCUUUGUGGCGGUCAUCCACUUCGCGGGGCUCAAGGCUGUGGGCGAGUCGGUACAGAAACCUCUGGAUUAUUACCGAGUCAACCUGACAGGGACCAUCCAGCUUCUGGAGAUCAUGAGGGCCCACGGGGUGAAGAACCUAGUGUUCAGCAGCUCGGCCACUGUGUACGGGAAUCCCCAGUACCUGCCUCUGGAUGAGGCCCACCCCACAGGUGGCUGUACCAACCCCUACGGCAAGUCCAAGUUCUUCAUCGAGGAGAUGAUCCAGGACCUGUGCCGAGCAGACAAGGCCUGGAAUGCAGUGCUGCUGCGAUACUUCAACCCCACAGGUGCCCACGCCUCAGGCUGUAUCGGCGAGGAUCCCCAGGGCGUCCCAAACAACCUCAUGCCUUAUGUCUCACAGGUGGCGAUUGGGCGACGGGAGGCCGUCAAUGUCUUCGGCAAUGAUUAUGACACAGAGGAUGGCACAGGCGUCCGGGAUUAUAUCCAUGUCGUGGAUCUGGCCAAGGGCCACAUUGCUGCUUUGAGGAAGCUGAAGGAGCAGUGCGGCUGCCGGAUCUACAACCUGGGCACGGGCACAGGCUACUCGGUGCUGCAGAUGGUCCAUGCCAUGGAGAAGGCCUCUGGGAAGAAGGUAGGCCACCCCAGCCAACGCUCAGCAAGAGAAGAGCCUGGGUGCCCACCAGCCUGCCCUGUCUCCUCGGCUCUGCCUUGCCCCUUAGCACCAGGUGACCGAGCAAGACCCUCCUCUGCAGCCUCCUUUCUUGAGGACCUGGCCAGCAGCUGGGUGGUUGGGGCCGAGCUGGCUCAGCUCAGCUCCAUCUCCUCUUACAGAUCCCUUACAAGGUGGUUGCACGGCGGGAAGGUGAUGUGGCCGCCUGCUAUGCCAACCCCAGCCUGGCCUGUGAGGAGCUGGGCUGGUCAGCAGCCUUAGGGCUGGACAAGAUGUGUGAGGAUCUGUGGCGCUGGCAGAAGCAGAAUCCGUCAGGCUUUGGCACGCAGGCCUGAGGACCCUCCUAUGAUGGACCAGAAAAAGAACAGAGAAACAACUGUCUGAUCUCCAGCCUCCAGCAGGAACCUAGGGACCCAUGAACCUCUGGGCAAAGCCAAGGUCUCCCUACCUCAAACCCCAGCUUGGCUGCUUAGCCCACCAGGCAGGCCUGAGGCCAGGAGCUCCACUGACCAGGAGUCAGGGGUCUCUAAUGGCUACCUUCCACAGUGUCCAGAACCCCACAGGAACCACCAAGAGCAAGUGGGGGCAGCAAGGACCCUUGGACAAAUACCCUCCUCCCAAGCACUAAUUUAUACUGCUAUGAAGAGCUUUGCAAAGUAUUUAAAAUAAAAGGUUUUCUUACACUGGGGCAGGCUCUCAGAGAUGAUCAUUCUCUCUCCCUUGAAUAGAAUCAGCCAGGCCCAAGCUGAGGAAGCGAUUUCUUUAAUUUUAUCGGAAUCCAGGACACAACAAGAAAAACACCCAAAAACCACAUGGAGACAGAAGACAAGACACAACUCCUCCCCCACCACCUCCCUGGCCCGAGAGUGGGGACACAGUGUGGGUGGGACAGCUGGUGGAGACCUUGAGCCUCAGUCCAGCCCUGCAGGCUCCAGGCCUGCCGGGAGGGAGUGGAAAGGGGAGGUGGGCCCAGCCCCCAAGGGUUAGGGAACAGCUGAGGGAAGGCCCCUGGGGGGACUCCACCCCCCUCACCAACAGUCCUGUCCAGGGACAGGUGGCCCACAGCAGCAAGGGGGUGGGGCCGUGGACACAUUCAUGAUUGAAAAGCAGCUGGAGAGGAGGCAGGAAACAAGAUUAUCUGGGCAAAAUUGGUGGGGGUCAGUAGGUGGGGCCUGGGAGGGCCCCAUGGGCCAAACCCUGAGGUCACAGGAGGGGGGCCCAAGGCGGGGCUAGUGAGUGAGGUCCUGAGUGAGUGGGUCAGCGGCUGGGCCCCUUCCUCCCGCUGCCUACAGCCCCUCCAAUACUGCUGCUUGGGGGGGGCCCCGCCUCCAGGGAAAUGGGAUAAGGAAGCAGCCCAGCCCUGCUGCAGACAGCGCCAGGUGGCUGAGGCCAGGAGGGCAGGCUGGGCCAGGCCUUGGCCUGUCUGCCUCAAGGCCUGUGGGAGAGAACAGGUUGAGGAAGGUGAGAACAGGGGCUCGACCGGCUCAGAUCCAAGAUGGUGCCGCGCGUGCUGGGUCCCUCAAGAGCUGAGGGACUGCGCUGGGGGCCGACUCUGGUUAGACGGGAGGCAGCAGCUUCUCAAGAAAUUCCUUUACGGCUGCCAUCUCCUGGGGGCGAGGGGGGAUUGUGAGAGAGUUCUGGCUGGAGGGAAGAGAGGGGUAGGUGUGGGAAGUGGUCCUUCGUCACUGACCUGAGGGCAGGAACUGUGCAUGACGCCUGGGUAAGUCUUGAAUUGGACCCUGGCGGGCGUGACAACAGACCGCAACUUUUCAGCCGUCAGGGCCCCAAACCGUACGGGCACCAUGGGGUCCAGUUCCCCAUGGCACUGAAGGAUAGCCAGGUCCUUGGCACUGCCAUUGGCUGCCUGUGGGCCAGACAGGACUCAGGGCAAAGCCAGUUCACCAGCACUAUCCCUAGGCCAGGAGACUGGAAGGGCAGGAGGCGGGGUCUGUGGGGACACUCACCUGGGGGAAGGCUCGGUGCAGAGGCAGCCAACAGCUCAACGCCACAAUGCCAGCCAGAGGGUGGGGGCAGGUGAGAGCAGUGUAGAGGGACAGGGCCCCACCCUGAUGAGAGAACAAGAAGUCAUGAGGGCACAGCCCACCUACCCACCACCCACCACCCACCUCUCCUCUCACCUGUGAAAAUCCUCCCAGGACGAUACGAUUGGCAGGGAUCCCAUUCUUCAUCUCAUGCUCAAUCAAAGCCUUGACUGGGAGGGAGGAGGGGCAUGACUGGGUGGGUGGGAAGCUGCUGAGGGGCCCAGGGAAGGGAGCCCGGCAGGCACUGCCCAACCUUUCUGGGGAAGGGGCAGGGAGGACACUGAUGAGAGGCUAGAGCCUUACUGUUCUCCGCUGCCUUCUUGAUGCCAGCUUCAUCCUCCGGGGCAUCUGGACUCAGCCCCAUCAGGUCAAACCUGGGGGAGCAGAGGCAAUGGCAGCCAUUGGAGGAUCCCGACCAGCCCCUUGUACCUCCUCAGCUUAUGCCCCCUCCCGACACUCACCAGGAGGGCAUCACCAUCUUCAUGUUGAGUGUCACGGGGAUCCGAGGCCUGGGGAGGGACAGCAAGAAGGGCCCAUGCUCAGGAGGGCUAAGGAGGGCACAGCAGAGAGGCUGGGAGGGAGCAGAGCAGCCCCUGGGGCUCCCUCCCAGCAGGGAGAGCCUGUGUUUAAGGUGUUGCCAGGCAAACAGCCACGUGGGGCAGGAAGCUGCGGUUGGGGCAUCAGUGGUAGCGAUGGAGAAGCAGAGACCAACACUUAGCAUGAGAGGGUCCAGCACAGUGGGUGAGUACUUGGGGAAGGGACCCAGGGAGGUCCUGAUUCUAGAAGGUCUCAGUUCUGGGAGGCCCUAGGGCUGGGGGCUGGUGCCGGGACCCGUUCCUGGAGGUGCCACAGGAGCUAAGGCUGAAAUGGCACUCCUGAUGCCCUGGGCCCAAGCCAGUACACAGGUGAUGGGAGAGAACAGGCCUGGGACCACAGGACCACACCCCUGGGUGGUCACCAUUCUCAGCCCCUCCCUUGCUGGGGUGACACUCACGCAUGGGGACAGAUGUACUUGACGUGAGGGAGCCGGAUGGUGGAGAGGGCGUCAGCCCAGCUGUGCCUGUAGGAGGGAAGGAAGGAAAGACUCCGAUGUAGGGCAGAGGAAGGGAGGGGUGGCAGGCCCCACCUCCCCAAGGAACAUCCCCACCCAGCUCACUCACCCUGUGUCUCCAAGUCCAUGUAAAAAAAUAACCUGGAAAAGAAUGAGAAAUGAGAAGCUGGGGAAGAGGGUAGUCAGCAUGCUGCUAUCAUUUCCCCUCUUUAUUCUUCAAAUUCUGCUACCUCUCCCCUACCCCAAAGGACCUGGGGGGAACUGAGGUAACAGCCUUCUGGCCUCGGGCUGCUCCCUUCUCAUCACUGCCACCUCCAUUUUUCCCACACUCCUCUAGCCAGCCACGUGGGCAGCCCCCAGCUAAGUAUGAGUCUGGGUAGAAGGACCCUUACCGCAGCCGUUUCCCGCUCAGCUCCAGACACAGUGGCAGCAUCGGUGAGCAGGGGCACAGACAUGGUGUUACCGCACAUACACUUCAAGGCUCCACGGCUGGGGCCUGAACAAAUAGGGAGGGGGUGUUCACGAGCAAAGCCAGGCAGGUGAGAGACUCCUGUCACAGGGCGGGGCCUCGAACCUAGGGCCCGCCCAAGCCAUCAGCCCUCACACAGCAUCCUGGCCAGAGUUCUGUUCUGGCCACAAAAAAAAAAAAAAAAAAGGCAGGCAGGAGGUCCCAGAGCAGAGAGGGCAAGAGGCUAGCCUCUGUUUUACAGGCAGUCAACCUAGUGGCCCAGAACUCACAUCCCUGGUUCUGGCCCAACACAGAGCUUGAACUUGCUGGAGUGGGGCAGGAGCAGGACUCAGGGACAGCAGGGGAGGUAGGGCACCCCCUGCUGCCUCUCCUCAGCUACUGAUGCCCAGCGAGCUACUGCUGCCCAGGCGGAACUGCCUCCCUGCUCUCCCGCCAUCCCCCUUCUCUGAAGCCCCUGGGUGCCCCCCCCAGCCGCCUCCACCAGCCCUUCUGGAAAAUGAAGGGAAGAAAAAUGCCAGGGAAAUAUGCUUUUAGCCUCUGUCCCCCAACACACAGACACACACACACACACCCCCCUUCUCCACCCUCCCUCCUGCCCAUCCAGCCCCCAUCCAGCCUUCACAGCAGUUUCUGGUUCAGCCCUUCCCAGAGCCCCUGGGGGAUGCCUAUGUCCUCAGAAGACAUAUGGACUCCCUUCCAUCACCCACUCCCCAAAUGGUGCUCCAGCCUCCCUGAAUGGGCUACCUGCUGCUGCUGUUGCCUACUGACUCCAAAUGGGCUCCCCAGCUUGGCCAGGCCCUGGGACUCCCAAAUACACAAAAGAAUGUCAGGCUGGCUGGCUCCUCCCCAUCCUCAGCAUCCUCCAAACUCGCCCGGAAGCUUCUGCUACUUGCUUUUAAGUGCAUACCCCUCCCAGCAGCACCCACCUCUCCUAACUGACAGCCCCCUGUCCCCUGUGCACCUCUCCACAGUGGGCUUUUUCACCUCUGACCCAGGGGGGUCCUUCUUCCCACAGGGCAGUGGACCUUUCUUCCUAAGCUGGGAUUCCCUUCCUCCUCCACUGUGGGGACUUGCAUCUCUCACCCCGUGUCCCCCCUUUCAGAGAGAUGUCACCCCCACCCCAACGUGGUGUCUCCCUCCCCAUAGUAAAAACUUCCACUCUGACCCAGGGUCUCCUACACCCUAUAAUGGGAACUUCCUUCUGACCAAGGGUCACCCCUCACUACAGUGACAUUUUCUACCCUGACCCAGCACCGCUCCUGCCCACAAAGGGGCUUUCUACCUUUGGCCCUGGGGAGCCCCCGCCCCACAAUGGCAUCUUCCACUUCCGACCCCGGAGUCCCUCUCAUCACACCCAGACACCCUCUUUCCUAGCCCCUCUCUACCCUCAAAGUCCCCAAGACUGGAGGGCGCCUCUCCGUACCUCACUCCCCACCCCCAUCUUCACAAUUGCAGCUCCCCCUCCCCACUCUUCGGGACCCUCCCGGUGGCCCUAUCGGCCUCCCCAUCCCCUCCCUCCGCCUGCCUGCCCCAGGACCAGGGUACCUCCACUCCCGAGGCGGGGUGCCAGACGUCUCGGGCGAUUCUUCUCUUUCUCCCGCACAAGACACACACUCUUUCCCCUCGGCCGCCCCCGCCGGAACUUCCGUUUGUGUCCGGGGAACCCAGCCAUCGUGCUGCCGGAAGUAGCCUGGACAGAGUUACGGAAUCCGGAAGUGGGGUACAGGGUUUCGCCCGAUAGAAGCUGCCAUAUUGGCUGCGGCGGGACCACUCCCUGUAAUUAAGACACCGAGUCACUGAGUUCUUGCCAGCACCGACCUGCAGUCUAGGCAGGGCAUUGGAGACUCGCCUCCUAGAGGAGUGUUAUCCGAGAGGCAUUCCUCACACUACUAGCACAAAGUGUACCACCUUCCCAUCCGCAUGGGACACAAUUCAUUAUGGCUUUGUGUGUCUACUACCACUGGAGCCCUGGUGGUGUGGUGUUUAAGAACCAUGGCUCCUAACCGAAAGGUCGACAGUUCGAAUCCUUCAGCCGGUCCUUGGAAACCCUAUGGGACAGUUGGACUCUGUCCUAUAGGGUUGCUAUGAGCUGGAAUAGACUCCAGGGCAAUGGGUUUGGUUUUGAUUUUGGUAUCCACUGCUGGCUUUCUUGCCCUUAAGAAUUCCAGGAUCAUAGGUGGAAUCGUAUACUCUGAACUGAGACUAUCCUUAGUGAUCAUCUAGUACUCCAGUCUUAUUUUAAAGAUGAGGAAACUGAGGCUCACGGUGGGGAAGUAAAUAAGCCACCUCGAUAUUCUACUGUAAUACUGCUUCUCUAGACCUGUUUUCUGAGCUAUAAAAUGGGAGUAAUAAACAGCCUGCCUACUUCACAACUCAGCUAUGAGGCUCAAAUGAGGUCACACGAAAAUGCUUUAUACACGGUAAAAUCAGUGAGAGGUCUUAAUGACUCUAAAAAGACCCCGGGAAAAUAACACAGGCCAUGCUCCAUACCGGGGUAGCUGGACAGGUCAUCAGCAGUGUUGUCUUAGCUCGACCAGCAGUGCCAUGCAGACAGUGCACAAAAUAAUGUCAUCAAUGAGCUCCAGUUAAGAACAGAAAGGGCUUCAUUUGGUCACCAAUGAGACACUAUGCUCUUUGCUGCAAAAGUGGAAGUGCGGCUCAGAAUCCACAGAAAGGCUGGGAGGCAUGGCAAACUGCAGUGAAGGACCAUGUCCCUGAGUGAGCAUGUGGACAACAGCAAACAGGAAAUGAGUCACAUUCGUCCUUCAGCAACUUAGUUUUUCUUUUAACAGAAAGAAAACAGUACUAACUGGAAGUUCACAAAGCACUUUCCCCAGGUCAAGAGGCAGGUUGGGCCUAAGUGCUCAACAGGUCACAGAGAGCCUAAAAUAAAAUACCAGGAUUCCAGGCAGGAAACCUUCCAACCAGAGGACCAAAACAAGCCAAGGACCCAGAACUGUGGGUGGGACAAAGGGAAAAGGAGAUAGCAGUGGGAGGGGGAAAAAAAAAUGCACUUGCCCCACUCCCUGCUGGGUCUGCUUAUAGAACAAUGAACAACUGAUUCCUCCUCUGCCCGGAGAUCACCUGAGACACUGUGGGACUCUGAGCAAAUUCUUCAGAGUAAAGCUUCAAAUUCAGAGGCCCAGUUGCUGGGCUACCAGUUAGUGCUUUUAUUAGUGGAAUUAAUGAAGGGCUAGUCUUAAGUGUUGAAAAUUGACUCUACAGCAUAGUCAGUUCUAAUACUUCUAACUUUAUUCCACCUCUCCAUCCCUUCAAAUUAAAACAUGGCUCUUCUUUUAUCCCCAAGAUGAUUCAACUGGAACAGAGGUUGUGGCUGAGGAAGUAGGAUCCUUGGGCACCCAGAAUUGCAUUUGCCUUCUGGUUGAUUUCAGACUGCAUAUUAGAAACGUUGAGGCUUCACAAGGCUUGGUGGUAGCAGGUUUCUCCCAGGACAGGGUGAAGCAGCGAGCAUAUCCUCCUAACGAAAGUGUGGACCAGUCCCUCGGAGGAAUUCUCUCAAGUAACCCAGGUUCAAUUCCCUUUAUCAACCAUUUCUAUUUUCUAAGAGAGAAUACUGACCAUCUCAAAUCCCUUUUUAGAUCCAUAAAUUCUCUCCAACUGCUGUACUGAUAUACAUAAAUUCCUUUCAAAAAAUAAGUCCAAGGUCUCUGGUCUACUUUCAGCCCCCACGUGCUGUGUGCGCUUAACUACUCUCCUCAUCCUCAUUUCUUUUGAUCUCCAGAAUCCAUUCUCUUAUGUUUGUAAAUGUCCCUCUUGACCCUCCCUGGAGGAGCUAAUCUAAUCUUGAUUUAAUUGUAGUACUUCUUAUGAUCUACUUAGGUCAAAACUACACAUUUUUUUCAAGGUUCGAUACAGUUCACAGUAAGAUAAAAGUUUCACCAGUGCUACCAAGAACUCAAAAGAAAAUACAAACAUUAAGUCUGGCAAGGAUUUAUUAGGAAGCUUAUUAGUCACAAAGAAUAAAAAGCCAUGAACAGAAGAACUCAGAGAUCUCCAAAUUCUGGCAUUAAAAACACUAGUGAGAAGCGAAUAAACACUAAGGAUCUUCUAAAAGGGAAUCUUACCUAAGUCCCAAUCUCACCCCCAAAUCUUUCCACAAACAUGGAAACGAUUCCCAUUUCUCCUCAGAUUGCUUGCCUAGGCAGUGGAAAAAAGGCCUUCUCCUCAAGCUAUUAAGUAUCACCAGGAGACUCCUACCCUUCCAGCUAUUACUUCUGGGACACUCGUGCGUGACAGACAACUCCAAGCUGGGCAACUUGACAAGAAUGCUGAACAAUGACAGGGAGAAGGAGCAAGCAGGGACAAGUAUUUCUCACUGGAGACUCUCCUGAUGGCUAAUACAGACACGAUCCAGAGGCUUCAGAAGUUCCCUGAAGCCCAGGAAUCGUUUCCAUUUUUUAAAAAACAGGUCACACACAAAUCCUGCCACAAAUCAACAAGACACUUGGGAUUCCAUGGCACAUUCAGACUGGCAAAGCAGCCAUUAUUAUCCAUGACUGCCAAAUGUCGGACCAGCCCAAGACCAAAUUUCUGCAGUGCCCUAGAGAAUCAUGAUUGUCCCUCAGCACCCACACAACCCUCCCAGUGGUGUGGUAUCUUCUGUAGGCCAAGUUUCUACAGCAAGCCCCAAAGACAAAGCGUUGGCAGAGGCUGUGGCAGCCAACUCUCUUGGGAGCCCCAUCAUGUUUUCCUUCCAAUAGGUAGUUAUAUAUCUUCAUUGACAGAGAGCCUCUGUGGGAGCCUCCGCCAGCCCUUAGGAAAUGAAGUGCGUCUGUGGGGUAACCUGAUGGACUUUGUGGUCUGCUGGGUUGGCCGAUGCUUCAUAAUUGCAAAUGGUGACUUCGUGUCGGCGAAGCUGCAAGAAAAUCAUGAAGCUGGGUUAGAUGGCCAUCAAAGAAUGGUGCUUUCCAAGAUCACACACAUUGGAGUAGUCCUGAUUAAGUUCAUUUUUAGAAGUCAUCAUCUAGUAUCUCUUCUUUUCUGAUACUUUUUAUCCUGAGAAGCCUGCAAAGAUCAUUAUAAAUGGUCCACCCCUUAACACAGAAGAUUCCUAUGUCUCCCCCCUACUGUAAUGGCUACACCAGGAGAACAAGACCUUGCCUAUCUUGUUUAUAAGACUUUGUCUGAUGCCUGGAACAAGAAAGUUUAUCAAAAAAUGUUUGUAGAAUGAAGAAACUUUAAAGUGAAAAACCAUGAAUAUCAAUAAUUCAACUCCCUUAAAAAUAGUUACACCCUAUCAAAUGAGAUGGACAGUUUACAAUGAAACCAGGAAAAAAAAUUACAAACAGACUGGGGGUAACUGAUGUCUCAUUUGCUUGUUUCCCUUCUCUUAAAGCUCCCACCCACUACCAUAUGGUGCAGAAAAAUACAUAUACAACCCCAACUUACCUCAGUCCAUUCUCCUCUCAGGCCAAUAUAAAAGACCUUCGUGGUAUCUGCUCCAAAGUUUUUUGAAAUAUGAAUAGAGAGAUGAUGGACAUUUGAAAAACGAGAAAUUCUAGAAGAUGAGAGGAGUGGGGGGAGAAGACACAGGUUAGAGUUCCUUGAAUAUCUCACCACCAUGUCAAAAGCAAUUCCAGCUCCAACUUGUGGACAAAUAUCACUGAACACUCUUAGAUUCUUAUUUCUCAUCCCUCUCUUUUGGAUAGGCAAUUAAUCCCAUGAAGAUUUACUGACCAUCUACUCUAGGCCAGACACUGUCCAAGCCAGAAGGGAUGGAAAGAUGAAUCAAUACUGUUCCUGCCCUCAAGAAGUAGGAAUGAGAAAUGCUGUAUAACCAAGUUCAGUUUGGAUCUUGCCCUUAGGUAAAAGGGAACUGGCAAAGAGUAAAGGAAGGUGGGCACAUGAAAAUUCAGCCUGCCAUUGGUGGUUCAAAUCCACCAGCCACUCCACGUGACAAAGACAUGGCAGUCUACUUCAGUAAAGAUUUACAGCCUUGGAAACCCUAUGGGGCAGUUCUCUGUCCUAUAGGGUUAAAAUGUUGUUGUUAGGUGCCAUCGAGUUGGUUCUGACUCACAGUGACCCUGAGUACCACAGAACAAAACACUGCCUGCUCCUGCGCCAUUCUUACAAUCAUUGCUGUGUUUGAGCCCAUUGUUGUAGCCACUGUGUCAAACCAUCUCGUUGAGGGUCUUCCUCUUUUCCGCUGACCCUGUACUUUACCAAGCACGAUGUCCUUCUCCAGGGACUGUUCCCUCCUGACAGCCAUGUCUAAAGUAUGUAAGACGCAGUCUCGCCAACGUUGCGUCUAAGGAGCAUUCUGACUGUACUUCUUCCAGGACAGAUUUGUUCGUUCUUUUGGCAGUCCAUGGUAUAUUCAAUAUUCUUCUCCAACACCACAAUUCAAAGGCGUCAAUUCUUCAGUCGUCCUAUUCACUGUCCAGCUUUCACAUGCAUAUGAUGCAACUGAAAAUACCAUGGCUUGGGCCAGGCGCACCUUAGUCUUCAAGGUGACAUCUUUGCUUUUCAACACUUUAAAGAGGUCUUUUGCAGCAUAUCUGCCCAAUGCAAUGUGCCUUUCGAUUUCUUCACUGCUGCUUCCAUAGGUGUUGAUUGUGGAUCCAAGUAAAAUGAAAUCCUUUACAACUUCAAUCUUUUCUCUGUUUAUCAUGAUGUGGCUUAUCGAGGGUCACUAUGAGCUGGAAUCAAAUCCUGGGCAAUGGGUUUGGUUUAGUGUUUUUUUUUUUUUUAUAAGCCCACUUUGCAAAGAGGAACUCUGAAAACCUCUUCCCUAAAACUACCUUAAGAGCUCACUUACAUCUGCCAAUUGCUUACAAGUUAACAAGUCGGUGGCUUGCACUGCAUCUCUGCCAAAAAUUGACCAAGCCAGGAUCAAGCCUCCUCCUCCACUGUUUUAACUCAGUUUUGACACGUGGAGCAGGAGAGCAGCCAAAAGGAAAUGGCAAGUGCAGUAAGUGCUGAUGCGUGUGUGCUGGCUGCAGAUAAGGGAGCACCUGCGGCUCCUCAGGAAAGGCCAGAGUAGAAGGCAGGCCAAGCGCUUACUUUGUAGCAUACUCUAACUCUCCUGUCAGAUCCCGGUUCAGACUAAAGGUCUGGUCUGGCUCCCUGUCCGUAUCAUCAAAGGACAUCUGCGGAAUGUUCUUAUACCUGAGAAAGGAAAGGAAAGGAAGUUCAAGAAAUGUGCAGUAUCAUGUUUCUCGGCUUUUAAGAACUUUCUACUAACUCCUCAAAACUGCCUUUGGUUCUAUCAAAAGGACAUAAAAUUUUGGAAAUGGCAUUUUAUUGGCACUUAGACACAAAUAUCUUUAAUCCAACAAGAAAAGAGCUGAAAGCUGCAACAUAACCAAGUGGCAUCUCUGAGUGGGUUAAGAUCACAUGACAAGUAAUACACAAAGAGACAGCUCAAACUAGACCACGUGCACCAAAUGCCCAGCGAAAAACACCCAGCUCAGCACAUCACGCGAAGCUGGGGAUGCUAAACCCAACAGCCUACUCAUGGGUGAAAAUACAGACUUUGGCAGAAACGUAUUAAACAGCUGAGAGAUAAGAUCAGGUAACUCAACACUCAAGCAUUUUUUGUGUCCAGAAAUUGGCCUAUACACUCAGUCAUCUUACAGCUCUCAAAAAAACACAAUUUAAGGAUUUCCAUUUUGAAAAGAACACAAAAGGCUGCAAACUCACAAGAGAUUUGGGAAAGUCAAGGUCAAACUGCUAGUGAAGAAAAGACUGCUCAAAGAAAAAAUCUAAGAAAACAGCCGUCUUCCUACAUAGAACACACAAAUUCUAAAGGGCUGAGCUACACAGCCACACACCUAUCUCCAGGGUAUUUUAUUAAAACACCCACAGGAGAAGGGCCUAGAUAUUAAAAAAAAAAAAAAAUUUUUUUUUUUUUUUUUUGAGCCGCAGCAAAACAUAUGUCAUUUAAAAAACCAAAUGUGUGCUUCGAAGUGUUUCUAAGACUGAUGCGAGGCAGAAUACUAAUAGUAAUAAUAGUGAACAUUUAUGAGCGGCAUUAUGAGAGGCAGCAUAACCCUGUAGUUACGCACAGCGUCUCUGGAGCCAGACUUCCUGGGUUUAAAGCCUGGCUCUCUCACUUACCAGCUGUCUGCCUUUGGCAGGUGAUUUAACCUCUGUCUCAGCUUCCUCAUCUGAAAAAUGGGGAGAGUGAUAGUCCUUACCCCCUAUAGUUGAUGUGGAGAUUAAAAUGAACCAAUUCUAAGAGAUGCUAAGGAAAAUUUCAAACACUGACAGAAGUAGAGAUAAUAUAAUGAUCUCCAUAUACUUAACACCCAGUUUCAAUAAUCAACAUUAAGCAGAUUUUGCUUAUCACCCUCAGUUUGUCUUUGCUCAGUAUUAAAGCAAAUCCCACACAGCAUAUCACUUCAUCCAUAAAUACUUUAGUAUGUAUCUCCAAAAAGUUAAGGACUUUCACAGUCUCCGCCAGACUGAGUCCAGCACAACUAGAUGGUGCCCAGCUACCACCGCUGACUGCUCUGACAGGGAUCACAAUGGAGGGUCCUGGAAAGAGCCGGAGAAUAAUGUAGAACAAAAUUCUAACUCACAAAAAAAGACCAGGCUUACUGGCCUGACAGACUGGAGAAACCCCAAGAGUAUGGCCCCUGAUGCCCUUUUAGCUCAGUAAUGAAGCACUCCUGAGGCAUACCCUUCAGCCAAAGAUUAGACAGGUCCAUAAAACAAAACAAGACUAGAAGGACACAACAGCCCAGGGACAAGAAGGCAGGAGAGGACAGGAAAGCUGGUAAUAGGGAAUCCAGCGUCAAGAAGGGAAAGUGUUGCCAUGUCGUGGGGUUGGUAACCAAUGUCACAAAACAAUAUGUGUACUAAUUGUUUCAUGAGAAGCUAGUUUGUUCAGUAAACCUUCAUCUAAAGUACAAAAAAAAAGAACUUAAUUGAAACAAACAAACAAAAAAACUGAUACCAUUUUACAUUAAUUAACAAUAUUAACAAUUCCUCAGUAUCUUUAAAUACCUAGUCUGUGUUCAGAUUUCUCUGAUUUAAGACUCUCAAUUUAACUUUUCUGGUGUGUCAAUGGUAUAUUAUAGUUGAAUUGGCAGCGUAUUUUCCCUUAUUAAUGGUAUAUAAAAUAAUGGUCCAUCUUACAUGUUAGAUUUAAUAAAGUAUAAUAUACAUAAAAUGCUUAAAACUGAAGGCUAAGUAUGUAUUUAUACCUGCCUACCCAAAAUGGAGCAUUUACUAUGGUUCAGACCUAUUCUAAACACUUUACAUCGUAUAAUUCAUUUAAUUCUCUCCUCAAUCUUAUGAGGUGUGUACCAUUACUAUUCCAUUUUACAUAUGAGAAAAUCGAGGCACAGAGAAGACAAGUAAUGUCCCAAGGUGAUGCAGCUAGCAAGUGGUCCAGCCAGAAUUUGAGCCCACGCAGGUUAUUUGACUCUACACUUUUUUUUUUUUUUUAAACUACAGAGCCUACAUUCUUAACCAUGAUACAACAUGGAUGUUUAGUCUUCUAAAGCCAAUUCAUCCCAAAAGUAAAUGAGCCCCCAAAAGCAUCUCUGAAUGCCAUUUCCUGUUUUCUUAAAAUGGUUAAGUAUGUGGAUGAGCUGCUUUUAAAUUCAUGUUUCUCACAUCCAAAAAUAGUGUUAAUAACCUUUCUUAAAUGUCCCUAAAAUCCAUUUAAAUUGCUUUUUUCAAAUGCAAUUUAUGUACCGUUCUUUAAACAAGAGCUUUUUGAAACCUAUACUGCAAACAGUGCAGCUAACCACAAGAUACCACUUCAUUUACUCUCAUCACCUGACAUUUCUUCCUCCAGCACUCAAAAAGCUGCUUUCUCGUUUUCUUAGGGAUAAGGUUAGUUGUCAAAAAGGAGUCCUAUCUCUGAUGGCAACAGAGCCACCGUUCCGAGAAAUAUACAGAACUUCAUUAACUAAAAAGCCCACGCAAGUGCAGGUGAAAAAAUUCCAUGUCAACAAAACACACACAAAGAUUAUUACUGUAUGAGCCGGCCAGGGGAAAUUUUGACACUAACUUCAAGAACAGAAUCUAUAAAGGUCAUUCAAGAACUGCAGCUGAGUUAUUAAAAAAAAAAAAAAAAACUGCAAAGUCAUCAACAGUUGGCAUUCA